GUGUUUCUUUAAAGACUGUCUGGAAACUUCUCUGCCUUUUUGUAAGCGCCAGUCAUAUUCUGCACUGCUGCAUAAGUUGGACCUGGAUUAUCCUUUCUCAGGUGUCAGUUUUUGUCCGUAACAAAGCGUGAAGACGUUCAACAGAGACAGAAUUUGCGUAGAGCGUCACUGCCUCUUUGUUUAUUUGUUAAGCUUUGUGAAGCGGCUAAAUAGGUGUUGUGGGUUGUUUCACGUCUGUUUUUAGCUGUUAGCUUUUACCUUCACCUCCCUAUAAGAGAUUCUACAAUUUGAAAAUGACUGCAGAGAAGCAGACUUGUGAAGGGAAACAUAACAUCCCAAUGGGAGAGGACAUCUCACCAAAGAAAGACGGAGGCGUGUUAAAGCUAGUGAAAAGAGAAGGAACGGGUGAGGAGUCUCCAGUUACUGGUGACAAAGUGUUUGUACAUUAUGUCGGCACCCUUGUGGAUGGUACUGAAUUUGACUCCAGCAGAGGCAAAGGAGAAAGAUUUUCCUUUGAGUUGGGAAAAGGUCAAGUUAUAAAGGCAUGGGAUAUAGGUGUAGCCACAAUGAAAGUGGGAGAGUUGUGCCAAUUUACCUGUAAGCCCGAAUAUGCUUAUGGAUCUGCGGGCAGCCCUCCCAUGAUACCCCCAGACGCUACUCUUAUUUUUGAGGUGGAACUGAUUGAGUUCCGAGGGGAAGACAUAACAGAAGAAGAGAAUGGAGGAAUCAUCCGUCGCAUUAUUACUAAAGGCCAGGGAUAUACCAAGCCUAAUGAAGGAGCUGCGGUUGAAGUCACUGUACAAGGCACCUGUGACGGCUUUGUGUUUGAUGAGAGAGAACUGAAGUUUGAGGUUGGUGAUGGAGAGAGCCUUGGCCUGCCUUCUGGAGUGGAGAAAGCCAUCAUGGCUAUGGAGCAGGGAGAGGAGGCCCUUUUCAUCAUAAAGCCCAAGUAUGGAUUUGGCAAUGCAGGAAACGAAAAGUUCAACAUCAAAGGCGGAGCUACACUGCAGUACAAAAUCAAGCUGGCAGCGUUUGAGAAGGCCAAGGAGUCGUGGGAAUUGAACACAGGCGAGAAGCUAGAGCAGAGUAGCAUUGUUAAAGAGAAAGGAACGCAGUAUUUUAAGGUGGGAAAGUACAAGCUGGCGUCACUCCAGUACAAAAGGAUUGUAUCGUGGCUGGAACACGAGUCUGAUUUAUCGGAAGAAGAUGAAAAGAAAGCAAAAGCCUUACGACUGGCUGCGCAUUUGAACUUGGCUGCGUGCUUCCUGAAAGUGCAUGAGCCGAGCCUAGCCCUGGAGAACUGUGAAAAGGCUCUGGAGUUGGAUGCUUCCAAUGAAAAGGCCUUGUUCCGAAGGGGUGAGGCACUGUUUGGUAUGAAGGAGUUUGAGAGGGCAAGAAAUGACUUCCAGCAAGUUGUUCAACUGUAUCCCGCAAACAAGGCUGCCAAAAGCCAGGUAUUUAGCAUUUCGAAUGUUGCCUCAAAUAAUCAACACCCCAUGUCAAGGUGUGCAUAACCUGUAUGCGAUAAAUAGAAG